AACUCUAUGGUGAAAGAACUGACCAAGCAUUUCAACCUGAGCUUAAUGCUAGUAUGAUGUAUUACUACGAUGAUGGAACAGGAGUACAGAUGUAUUCUGUGGAUGAAACGCUUCUCAAAGAAUAUAUAAAACGUCAAAUUUGACGCAAAAAGGAAGAAAAAGGCCUCUUUAAGGGCAGAAAGUAUCUGGCAUGUGGCUAUCAACUUCAAAGCUUCUAUUUGCAGUCUUUUUUGUUACUCUUGCUGCCAGGCCCUUGUGAGACCUGACAGUGGACAUGUACCCCCAUGUCAGGAUAAUCGGCCUCCACUGUCCUCAGACAAGUGAGGGAGGAGCACAGACACUCCACUGUUGGCCAGAUUUCUGGGCAUGCAGUGUAGAAUCCAGACCUUCUAAGUGAGUAUUAUUUCAGCACAGAAAACUUGGAAAGAGACUUCUUUCUGAGGAGAAAGAUGGACCAACAAGGAUUUCUACCUGUUUCAUUGAUUGCUAGCUUCCACCGGGUACAAGCUCUGACUACAAAUGCUAUGCUUAUUUUGGAGGCCCUAAAGGACAGCACAGAAGUUGAAACGGUGGAUCAGAGGAUAAGAAAAAGGGUUGAUCCAGAGAAGUGGCCAAUUCCAGGUCCUCCUACAUGCACUCUGCCACAGACUGACUUUUCUCAGCUCAUCAAUUGUCCAGAAUUCAUACCAGGACAAGUUUUUGGCUCUCAUACUGAGUCUGCACCAAGUUCUCCAAGAAUAGGAAGCUCGCUGAGUCCAAAGGAAAACACUGAAACAAGUAAUUUUCAGAUGAUGUCUAAAGGAUUGUCUACAAGUUUGCCUGAUUUGGACUCUGAACCUUGGAUAGAAGUGAAGAAGAGGCAUCGUGCAUCCACAGUCAAAGUAAAGGAAUGUGUUUCUGUACCUGAUCAAAUGUCAGAUCAACAACAGCCACCCCCACCUUCAGAGGAACAAGAACAAGAAGAACUUGAUUUUUUGUUUGAUGAAGAGAUGGAACAGAUUCAAGGUCGUAAGAAUAAACUUACUGAUUGGUCAGAAAGCGAUUCAGAUUAUGAAAUUGAUGAUCAGGACGUAAACAAGAUUUUGAUUGUAACACAGACGCCACCAUAUAUGAGAAAACAUUGUAGUGAAGAUCAUACUGGCAACCAUGUAUGUCAUGCAAAAAUUACAUCAGAACUUGCUAAAGUUAUUAAUGAUGGCUUAUACUAUUAUGAACAAGACUUGUGGAUGGAGCAGAGUGAAAAUGACAGUACAAUGAAGCAAGAGAUUGAGAACUUUAAGAAGCUAAAUCUCAUUAGUAAGGAAGAGUUUGAUAAUCUUGCAACAGAACCAAUCGCUGAUCCAACUGAGGAAAUUCCUCCAGGGUCUUCAGGGUUAGAGAAAGUAGAGGAGCUGGCUUGUAAUUCAUUCGGUAUUGAAGCACCUCCAACAGUGAUGAUGGCUCAGUCACUGCCAACAGUAGUUCCAGAAUCUCCCGGUGUUCACCCUGGCUUCACUCCACGAACCCCUCGCACCCCAAGGCUACAAGAUCCCAACAAAACACCCAGGUUCUACCCUGUUGUUAAAGAAGCACAGUCCAUUGAUGUAAAGACUCCAAGAAAAAGAAAAACACGACACAGUACAAAUCCUCCCUUAGAAUGCCAUGUUGGUUGGGUGAUGGAUUCCAGAGACCAUAGGCCAAGAACUUCCUCUGUGAGCAGUUCCAGUGCUUCACCCUCAGAAGGAGCUCCGCUCGCAGGAGGUUACGGGUGUACCCCAAAUUCUCUUCCAAAAUUUCAGCAUCCUUCUCACGAACUGUUAAAGGAAAAUGGCUUUACACAACAGGUCUACCACAAAUACCAUCGGAGAUGUCUAAUGGAGAGGAAACGGUUGGGAAUUGGCCAGUCCCAAGAAAUGAACACACUUUUUCGUUUCUGGUCCUUUUUUCUGAGAGAUCACUUUAACAAGAAAAUGUAUGAAGAAUUCAGACAACUUGCUCUAGAUGAUGCAAAAGAACACUACAGGUAUGGAUUGGAAUGCUUGUUUCGAUUUUACAGCUAUGGCUUGGAAAAGAAAUUCAGGCAAGAAAUAUUCAAGGACUUCCAAGAAGAAACAAAGAGGGACUAUGAAGCUGGUCAGCUUUAUGGACUGGAAAAAUUUUGGGCUUACCUAAAAUACUCUCAGCACAAAACACCAGCCAUUGACCCCAAACUGCAAGAAUACCUUAGUAAAUUUAGAAGACUGGAGGACUUCAGAGUGGAUCCUCCUAUUAGUGAAGAACCUGGCAGGAGAAGACCGUUUGCUGCAACAGGUGAGGAUUCAGGUCAUCGCAGACAACUGUCUAAUUCUUCUAAAAUACUUCUUGCGGCUCAUCCCACAGCUGCCAGUCAGUCCCAGACACUGGAAGACGUUAUCAGUGGGAGUACUGCACAAGCGCACAUAGUAGGCCAUAAUAAUGCUGCCACAAAAUUGAUAGAAAGUGAUGUACCAGAAAAAUAGACUAAGACUUGCGCCCUUGAGAAUCAAUUUUACAUCGCUAUUUCAAUUUGGAGAUCUCCAAGGUGAGCCAAUCUAAUAUGUGAUUAAAAGUGUAUGGGAAGACAAAAGUUUGCAUUUUCUUUUUCGGAGGAUUAAGUCCCAAAACGCUUACCCUAGGAAAGUCGUUCUGGGUUUUGGGAUCAUCAGGAAGGUCCUAGGGAAGAUGCUUUGGCUUCAGUAUUGCUUUCCUCAAGCUUUUGUUUACAAAAAACUGCAUUCCUUGCAUAUGCAAAAAAAUACUUUGGGGAUGCCUUACAUUUCAGCUCAUAUUUCUUUAAAAAAAAAAAAAAGAUAUGAUAUAUCCAUCUUAUUUACUGUGCAUUCUUUGUCCUGAUUUUCCCAUUAUUUGUAUUUUAAGCAAACAAGAUGACAUGUAUAAUUUUAAAUGUAAAGAAGGAUUUAUGUGAUUGGUUUGCUCUCAAAUCUGUAACUAUAAAAAGUAUGUUUUUGUGUAAAAGCACUCAAGAAUGUGCAGCUAUAUAUGAAACUGCAUUGCUGGAUUCUAUUUAAAGACAUAGUAUAUAUUUUUUUCAGGGUCUCCAUAGUUAGUAUUAAGUAUGAAGUAUGGACAUAACUGGGAUAGUUUUGCAGAUACUUCCUUCAGUACUGGUUAUUAAUAGGCAACAGUAAAAUACAGGGAAAAAUGGAUCUGUUGAUUUUAUAGCGUCUUAAAUUAACAUACAGUAUCUGCAAUUUGUGCAGGUUAUUAAAAUAGCAAACUUCAAAUUAUUUUCAAUUUGAGAGGUAAUUUCAUCUGAAUUCUCCUAUGAUUAUAAAGUACCCUAACAGAAGAGGCGUAACUUCUUGAAGACUCUUUUUCUCUGUAUUUCAAGGAAUAAAAAUUAGUUUGGAGGGAAAUAAAGUGUUCCUUGUGAACUUUUUUUUUUUUUUUUGCUUUAUUUUGCAAUAUAUGAAUGAAGUUCUGCUGAAAUUGCGCUAGCUAAGAUUAAUAAUUUCAAACAGGUCUAAAUACAAUUUCACUGAAUUUAAGUUAUUGAAAUACAACUUCAUUUCUGUAGCUAAAGGAUAGGGGUGGUUAUAUCCCGUAAUUUCUUACUAUUUUUUUUACUUUGAUUAAAAAAAAAAAAAAAAAAAAAAAACACAUUCAAAAUUAACUGAGUGUGUAAUUUAUUUCUUCCAAGGGUAGGUGAAAAGAACUUCAGCUUUUUGUUACUGGUUAGCUGUGAAAAAGCCCUCAGUUGAAAACUGUCUAGCACAACUGCCUUAACCCCUGAAUGUGUCCGAACAGAAUGAACAUUCUUAUUAUGGAGUUUCAUACUUGUAUCACAUCUCAGAAGUUGUUAUAAAAAGUCCAUUAAUUUUUUUCAGUCAUUGUCUUGUGAAUCGCACUGAAAUGAAUUAUGAAUACCUGCACUGUAAAUGCAUACCGUAGCAGUGGCUUGGCCAACAGUUAACAGUUUCAAUACAAAAUUGAGCCUUUUGUUAAGUAGUUGUUCAUAUUCAUUUAUAACAGGCCACUUAAGUAACAUCCUUUCAAUAUGCUGAAGUGACACAUCUCAAUCCCAGGUUCGAUCCCUGCCUCUUGCUAUCCAUGAAAAUGAUGAAAAUGUAAAUUUGGAUUGAAGUUGUAUAUAAAAGAAGUACUUAUUUCCUUUCACUUUUUUCAUUGGACAAUAUGCAGAUUAAGCUUUUAGUGUGUAAUUUUGUGAUAUCUUGACAAGUUUUAUAAAAAUAUCCCAAAAAACUCUAA